AUGCGCCAUGACGCCCCGAAGCGAAAUGCAAUGGCCAAUCGCGUUUCCCUAAACGGGCCAUCGGAUCUUCUAGGGUUGCUAGCGCCUUCUCACCUAAUUCAAACGAAAGACACGGCUACCGAUGCGACACGCGCUGGUGAAUCUACUACCAACGAUCCGUCCUAUUCCAAUCUCAAACGAGACGUGGACAAAUUGAUAGCGGAUUGUAGGGCUCAGGGUGCCCAAUCUUCAAGUGAGUUAGAUGAUCAUGGCCAGCCGUACACUGUUAGAACGGGGGACAACCUGCAGUCUUCAAAGAAAAGAUAUCAUGGCAGUACAGAUGCGUCACCCCAAGCAGCUCACGAUGAAGAUCUGGACUUGCAAGGCCGGCACAGUUCCAAUCAAUCACCCGCAAAAAAGCGGCAGCGUACUGAUGCUGGGGAAAUGCCGGUGGACCCAACUGAAUUUGAGCAAGUGCAAAACAAGCCCGUGCCGUCCCUUCCUAGCGUGCACGUUAUAGGCACUAAAUCAGACAAUUUUUCCCCAUCUUCAACGAAUCCAUGGGAAGGAAUGACAAAGAUACCCUUAAGCGAAGUUGAAAUUCCAAGAGAUCAGGCAGAACUUUUGGAAGGACUCAAAUGGAUCCCUCAAGAUCCCGGCGUAUCUGCACCUCUAUGUCACGUACCUCCUCAUCUUUUGACGCGGUGGAACUACACUGCACAAAAAAGGCAAACUUUGGCAGAAGAACAACAAGAAGAAGUGGAUCAAGUAUCUGAACGUGCCUUUACGCCGACCCAGCAAGAAUUGUAUACAUAUUCCAUACCAUGGUCUCUGUCCCCCGAUAGGACUCCUGCUCGAGAUGUUCUUCCACGGGACACUGCUUCUCCCCCAUCAUACAUACGGCCUACUGGAGAAAAUUCCAUGCCAAACAGCACUCGACCUAGCGUUGAUCAAUCUGCAGAAUAUGACAAUGUGGUGAGCGUGGUGAAUUUAUCUUGCAGUGCUCCUUCUCAGUCAAGGCAGGAUGAUAUUGAUUGGUCAGAGGACGGCGUGAACACAGCAGACCACCAACGUCCUCUGUCUCCCGAAGAAGUAACAGCAAAACAAAGACAUUCCAUAUCUUUGGACCAUGGUCCCGGAGAUGACCCUUUCCCAAAGCACAACGGUUCAAAGUCGCUCGAUGUGGUCAAAGUCCAUCCCCCAAGUACCUUACAAGAACAUCAUUCCGAGGAACCAUCUGCAGAGAAUGCCCCACUUAAAUUUAAACCGUGCGAUGAAUCAAGUAGCGAUGAGAGCGAUGGGCCAGAGAUGGAAACAUUUGUUCCUUUCGCUUUGGGUGGAAGCGUUCCAUUAAGCAGUCAGCCUGAGCCGGAACUCACUAGCUCAGGGCCGUUACUUCCAAGGUUUGCAGGGGCGACUAUCCAAGUGAUCGAGACACCUGUGGUCCGCGCCACAUACCUGAACACUGAGAAGAAUAGCAAACAGAGAGCAGGAUUUCAGGCGCCGAGCUCUCAGCAGCCAUCCUCUCAGGCUCCGAAGACAUCCCCCUCGUCUCGAAUUCUCAAUACCUACCGCUCACAAGAGAGCCAAGGGCACAGUGACUUAUCGCAGGAGGCACCAUCUCUACCUUUGCCAGUGCUGGAAGACGAAUCACUGGGAGUGGAUGUGCUUAGUACUCAGACUCAAACUAGCAGCGUACAUGCACCAUCGCAGGCGACAGUCCAGUCGUCCUCGGACAUUGUACUUGAUUCGUCGAGACCUGCUCAACGACAGCGUGGAUCGUCUAUCUUUCAUUUAGACCCCUCGGAUGACCCGUCCUCUUUUCCUCACGCCAGCUGUCAUUCGCUGCCAACAUCUCAACCUCAUGAACCAAGCCUAGAUUCUUCGAGAGGACCGUUCUCCCUCGAUGGAGCCUCGCAGUUGCCAGAAUUGUCCCCUACUGAACUCACCACCUGGGUCGCUGCUCACGGAGAGUCGCCAUGCAAAUAUCCACGCUCUCCGCGCUGCAAGAAUGCUGAUGCUAGCCAAAAGUCAUCUCACAGUGCAAAUGCCGAGUUGGUAGCGCGGCGACAGGGCUUUAUCGGCAAGUCUGACAAGUACGCUGAAGCACAGAAAAUCUAUGAAAAGUUCUGCAAUGAUUACUCGCCAUAUUCUGGUGAUUUUUCUCACUUUACUGAGAUGUGCUCGAGGUUGCAGAAAAUGCGGCAAAGGGACCAACUGCAACGGUCGUUCCUGUGGGAUGACUUUGUCAUCCAACAUCUGGAAGAGUAUUCGCGCUAUUUUGAAGAGCGCGCAUCUCAGGAAUCCAAGCCACUAGGCUACGAAGACUUCUUUUGCUCCAAAUUUUCACGCCCUCAACACAAAAGGAGAAGUCUCACAGCCCAUGGGGUUGACAUCGUCGCGUCUCAGUUUGUCCCACCUACCAGUACCAAGCUAGGAAAUGCGCAGGUCUUACAUCAAGUUACAAGUCCAGGCGAGGUGACCCGGGAUAAAGCGACGCAAAGAGAAGUUGCCAACACGUCAUUCACAGCCAGCCUUGUGGACAAGCUCUCAAACCUCCAUGCUCAUUCCUUUGGUGAUGAUCCUGUUCCGGAUGUCCACAUGCCCACUGUAACACAAUCAUCGCCGUCCUCAUCUGCUAGCACCAGCCCAGACUCGUUGGAGCUCAAAAUUGAACCAGACGGUUCUUUCAAUGGAAUGAUGGGCUCCCAAAUUAUCACGAGCAGCAAUGACCAAAAGCCUGUGUUCUCCAGUUUUGAUGAAGAAUUGAUCGACACAACACAGUACGACGCAGAUAACAUUCACAUUGCGCCUGAUCUGAAUGACAUUGAAAUGGCCGAAACUGGCAUGGACGAAAUUGACGAGACACAGGAACGAGAUGACACUCACCAUGAAACUGCAAGCAUUGAACUCGGUGACGAGACUGACGAUCACCACAUCUCUGCCUCUCCCGCCCCGCCUGGGCCACUGGGUUCUCUGAAUGUUGCCGAGCCCGAGCGGCCAAGGCAACGGAGACCCUGGUUCCGCUCUCUUCGGAAAAUGUUCCCCACGGGUCCUGUGUGGUCGGAUGACCCUGAUACGCCGUUCAAGCGCUGGGCUCGUCAAGACCAGAAUGUUCUUCAGGAACUCAAGCGUCGCGGUGGAGCUAGAGUUUUGACUGAUGAGAAGGGUGUCAUUCGUUGGCCCACCUACAACCAAGAGAAGAACUCUGAUCUCUAG